CCCCAAGUCUUUCUCUCUCUCGCUGAAGCUCAGUCUAUAAGUCGGCCUCGCAGAGGCAAGAGCCAGGAUCGGAAGUGUAGCACAGGGUUUCGGCUCCGGAUAUUUACUGAAUGCAUAUAUGGAACAAUACAUCCUUCCUUCUGGGACCUGGAUAACUGGACAGUGUUUUCAAUUUUGAAGGAUUUAAUCGGAGUGUGUCCAGGAAUUUAUUCAUGCUUUUUUUUUUUUUUAACUUCUUCAGAUUGUCAGCAGUACUGACAGAUUGAAUGAAACUCUGUCUGCUUUACACUGGAGGUGUCUUUCUCUGGUCAACAUCAUCCACAGAUGUCGUUUCUGAAGGUUUCUCCUCCAGGUUUUGACUAAAAAUCAGCUUUUUAGAGGUCAAGAAACAUUUUUUUCUAAGUGUUGGGAUAUUUAUUUUUAAGAGUAAAAGUUACAUCCCACCUUUUGCCAUUAUUGACAAUGCUGAAUUUACAAAGGGGCCGUAGCAGCUGCAGCAGCAUGGCUCUGUUGUGCGUCGUGUGGAUGCUGACAGCUUGUUUGGCUCCUGGGAGUCAGGGCCAGACGAUGAGAGUGCCUGACAGGGAGCAGUCAGCAGCUGGAGCUCAGCUGGGUGAGAGAGACGCCGUCUGCCACCAUGAGAGAUGCUACGCUGUCUUCUUCCAGAAGAAGACCUUCAAGGAAGCUAGGCAGGCCUGCGUGGAUCAACGCGGGACCCUGGUGACAAUGCACACCCCCGAAGAGGCAGGUGUGGUCCACGACCUGCUAUCAGCGGCUGGGGUUCACGGCUCCAGUGAGAGGCUUCGUUUCUGGAUCGGGCUGUACCGACCCCCGCGCCAGUGUUCAGCCACAAAACCCCUCAGAGGAUUCGUCUGGGUCACAGGAAACCAGGAGGCCCUAUUCACCAACUGGAUCCGUAAAGAAAUGCCCAACACUUGUGCGGUUCCCCGCUGUGUGGCUAUGUAUGCGCACGGUGGAGAGAGCGGCGAGAAUUUCCGUUGGGCUGAGGGUCCCUGUGUGCUGAAGCUGGAAGGAUUUAUUUGCCAGUACACCUACAAGGCGAUGUGUCCCCCACUGGAGGAUGAGGGUAGUGGUCCUGCUGUUUACGAGACCCCAUUUCAUUUCAAAAGCACCCGACUGACUCACGUGCCCUUUGGGUCUGUAGCUGACCUGCCAUGUCCCACGGACAGCUCAAACCCAGAUGCGCCCUCUAGGGAAUCCGUGCUAUGUAUCGACAGGGAUGACGGCAGCGUGGGCUGGUCCAAAGAUGCUCCUCUUUGUUCAUCCGGUGCGCCCACACUGUAUCAGGACUGGUGUAGCCAAGAGCAUGAGUGUGAGCAGCACUGCCAGCCAACGGAAAACUAUUACUACUGUUACUGCUCUGAGGGCUACAUAUUGGAUGCGGAUGGCUCCAGCUGCAACCCAAGCCAAACCGAAUCACCCGAGAUGUUGGACUCUACUUACGCCAAAGACCAGCCCCGUGUCAGUCGGAUUUGCGUGGAUAUGGGUUGCGAGUACAACUGCUCAAUAACACCUCGAAACACCCGCUGCACCUGCCCCCCGGGCUACCAAAUCGGCCCGGACGGACGCAAGUGUUUGGAUGUGGACGAAUGCCGACAGCAGCCGUGUCCGCAGCUCUGCAUCAACACUCCGGGCACGUUCCACUGCACUUGCUACCCGGGGUACCAGACAGACAGCGCAGACGAAUGCGUGGACAUUGACGAGUGCCUUGAUGAAGGCACCUGCGAGGGGCCCUGCGAAAACACAGAGGGGUCCUUCACUUGUCUGUGUAACAACGGCUACAAGUUGAACAGCGAAGGAGACUGUAUAGAUUUGGACGAGUGCAAGGACUACGAGCCCUGUCAACAGCAGUGCCUCAAUUUUCCCGGAGGGUAUCAGUGCGGAUGCUACGGCGGCUUUGAACUGAAGGAAGACGGACUUACCUGCCAACCUUCAAAUUAUGAUGGAGAAUAUUCCACUCUGACACCUGACCCCGCUAGUUACGACGAUCAGGAUGUUGCCUGGUCAACCGUUGAAGCUUAUGUUAAAGCUGAUGUCAACUUUAACGUCAAUUUCCUGACAGACACCCCUCAGGCACUCACCCCUGACACGGCUCAUAAGUCAGACAACCACCUAAACCAAUGGGAUCAGCUAUCGCCAAGGCAAUACCAGACAGCUCCAUCCCCAACCCAAAAAAUGAGAACAGGCAACAACAUUGAAGACGAUGCUCACACAGGAGACGGAAGCCGCAACGAUCCGAUGGUACUUGAAACGGCAAAGAAUUCCCCCACUGAGACCGAGGAGACUGAGGCACCUAGGAUGGACAGUGCAGAUGAAACGGACAUUAGUGCAGAGAUUAAAGAUGGGUCCGCCGAUGGGAAGCGCAAGCAUGACAAGAGCUGGCUGCUUGUGGCUCUGCUGGUCCCUCUGUGUGUGUUCCUGGUGGUGAUGCUGGCGUUGGGAAUCGUCUACUGCACCAGCUGCGCAGUUGACAAGAGCGUCAGCUUUGCGGACUGCUAUCGCUGGGUGCUUCCUGCAACACCCCCGGACAGGAGGGAAGGCAAAACCCAUGCAUGAACUUUUUCAUUAAGAAUACAGAAGGAAAAAAAAAAACAAUUUCUCUACAUGUUUGUUAACGUUAGUCUGGUUUCUGGUGACAAAAUUGCUCACUAAAUGUACAAUUUGGAUUUAGUACCAAGGACUGACUCCAAUAGUUUCUGCUGCACAGCCUUUGUAAAUAGCUGACAGUCAAUUUUUACAAAUUCAAUAAAAACAAGAAAAAUGAUUAAA